GGGGUGGGAGUGGGGGAAAUAGAAGGAAAGAAGAGAAGGGAAGAAAAGAGGGAGCGGCGCAGCCGUCAUCAGUGCCACCGCUGAGAGGCACACAGGGAAUAACGCGGCGCUGUUGGAAAGAGGGGAAAAGGCGAAGGAGCGAGUUGCCGGGGCUCGGCUCUCUUGUUGAGGAAACCGACUCCGUUUGAUGGAUCCGAGAAUAGCCUGGUUUCAGCCAGAACAGCUCGGACCUGCCAACAUUUUGUGGAUGCAGAUUUGGGAGACGACGCAAGGCCUGAGGAAUCUGUUCUUUAAUAAUAACUGUGCGGCGGCGGCGGCGACGGCGACAGCAGCGGCGGCGGCGGCGACCACCACCACCACCGCCACCACCACCACCACGACGACGACGACGUCGACCACAUCGACGACUCCGGUCGUGGGCGGCGAGAGUAUGUACAGGGAGAGGGGCGGCCAGCGUGCAGGAGGAGGAGGAGGAGGAGGUGGAGGAGGAGUAGGAGGGGACUUCUUGGCCAAACAGGGCGACUUCUUACCGUUGGAGCCCAGUGGGAACAGCAACCUCCAAGCCGGGCCCGGCGGGGGCUGCUGGAGGAAACACUACCCCGACCUCAUCAACAACAGGAACGUGGUGGGUUCGGGCAACAAGCGGAAACGCGACAACAAGGCCAGUACUUUCGGCUUGAACUACAGCCUCCUGUACGAGAGCGGCAACUACACCGGGACCCCUUGGAAAAACCGUAACUAUAGCGAGGGAGUGGUGGGACUUCAUGAAGAAAUUAUUGACUUCUACAAUUACAUGUCACCUCGACCAGAAGAGGAGAAAAUGCGAAUGGAGGUAGUUGCAAGAAUAGAAAGCGUCAUCAAAGAACUGUGGCCCAGUGCAGACGUACAGAUAUUUGGAAGUUUUAGUACUGGCCUGUAUUUGCCAACAAGUGAUAUAGAUUUAGUGGUGUUUGGAAAGUGGGAAACGCUACCUCUUUGGACACUAGAAGAAGCACUUAGGAAACGAAAUAUGGCUGAUGAGAAUUCUGUUAAAGUAUUGGACAAAGCAACUGUGCCUAUUAUUAAACUGACAGACUCCCAUACUGAAGUAAAAGUAGAUAUCAGCUUCAAUGUACAAAAUGGAGUGAAAGCUGCUCAACUUAUCAGAGAAUUUAUUAAGAAGUUUCCGGUUCUCCCUUGCCUGGUUCUAGUGCUGAAACAGUUCUUGCUGCAGAGAGACCUAAAUGAAGUGUUCACUGGUGGCAUUGGCUCCUACAGCCUUUUUCUAAUGGCUGUUAGUUUUCUACAGUUACAUCCACGGGAAGAUGCCUGCAACCCUGAUACUAACCUUGGAGUGCUUCUAAUAGAAUUUUUUGAACUGUAUGGCAGACAUUUUAAUUAUCUUAAGACUGGCAUUCGGAUAAACGAUGGAGGUUCCUACGUUGCUAAGGAUGAAGUGCAAAAAAGUAUGACGGAUGGAUACAGGCCAUCAAUGUUGUAUAUUGAAGACCCACUGCAACAAGGAAAUGAUGUUGGUAGGAGUUCAUAUGGUGCCAUGCAGGUAAAGCAGGCAUUUGAUUAUGCCUAUGUUGUGCUAAGCCAUGCUGUCUCUCAUAUUGCCAAGUACUACCCAAAUAAAGAAUGUGAAAGCAGCAUAUUGGGUCGAAUUAUCCGAGUAACCCAGGAAGUUGCUGACUAUAGACGCUGGAUACAGGAUAAUUGGGGACCACAGAGUAGCUGUACUGCAUUCAAUGGGAAUGAUGUGACAUUGUUUGUUGGCCCACAACAGCUGGACAAAUGCAACAACAAUGUUUCAGAAGACAGUGAAGUUGUAAACGAGUCCAAGAGCAGGACCUCUGAAGCAUCUCUUAGUAAACAUUCUUCAAAUUCAUCGUCUGGACCAUUGUCUUCUGCUUCUUCCACCUUGUCCAGCUCAAGUGAUGUGGAUUCUGAUGGAACACCUUGCAAAACGUCCAAACAAUCUGGCAGCGCUAACAGACCAGUGGCACAAGAAUUACCAGCAGGAUCUUCACAGUCAAGUUUGAAAACGCAAGGUGGCCCAUCAAGCAACAACAAUAAAGCACAGCAUGGUGCAGCAAGACCAUUUUGUUCCUCUAUCAAAGACUUCCAAGAGCAGCAGAACUCUGGUCAUGUCGGAAGUGUAUCGAACAAACAGAAUUCAGGCAACAAAACAUACCAGAUAUGCUUUAACAAGAAGCGAAAGGUCAAGAAAGGAUCUGGUUCGACAGACUUGUGUCGGUAGUCUGCUGUUGAUCCAGUUACAGUUUACUCUUGCAGUGAUCCCAUAAACUACAGAUAUUGCUAGUACUCGAUGGGAUCUGCUCAGACGUUUCCAGGAGUAUGGAUUUUGAUUUUUUUUCCAGCUUGCCGUAAAAAUGAUCAUGGGUUAUGGUGUCGUCACAAACAUUGCUUCCCUUAAUAAAUAGGCCAUGAGCUGCAGUGGAGCAGAUUUGGAAGAAGAUGGAAUCGAUGCACAAAAAUGACCCUUAAGUGUAAGUUCUGAAGGAAGUUGGUCAAAAAAAGGCAUCAGAGGAUCUUAAAUUUACUGAAAAAAAAUCAUUUGUUUUGUUUGGAAGGAAAAUUCAAACAUAACAAGUAAAUGUAUACUUUAUGCAUGAUUUUAAAAUUAUUUUUGCAUAUACUGAGAUUUUUAUUGUGUAUAUACAGGAAAGAUCGUAUCAGUACAGUAUUUGCAUUAGUAAUCUUGUGGUUUUUGUAAUAGUUUUUACAUGUCAUUGCAAUUUAAAUUCAAAAUUGAAUUUUUCAGUACUACUUGGUAAGUUAAGGGAUCCCUAGAAUGUCUCUGGCUGCUUAUAUAAUGGAAACAGACUAUACAGUAUGCUUGAAAGUGCCGUACUAAAACACUUCCAUUUAGCAACUUCCUAAUUCAUUUAUAUGUGUUUGAAGUAGAAGACAUUGCUCCAGCAGCUGUUGAAAUACACUAAGUUAAAGGCUUAACAUAGCACACGGCAUCUGGAAAAUUUAAAGCAAGUUUUUUUUAUAUAUUGUAAUUCUGUGCACAGCAUGUAGACAUUUGUACAAGCUGUUGAAGAUGCUGUAUGAACAGAAUUGUUCCUAUUGAAUAUUUUGAAGGAAGUUUUAAUAUUUCCUUGUCCUCUCAGGUGUAAAACAGUAAAUAUUCAUAUUGUAUUUUACCAAAUGGAGUGAUCAUGAGUUUCCUUCCAAACACAUCCUUACGUAUGGCAAAGUAAAUCUAUGUAGGUCCCAAUUUCUGGCUUUUCUACCUUGCAAUCAUACCUUGCUAUAUUAUAAUCUCCCAGCAUUUUGCUCACAGGUACUUCUGUUGAACUUAAUGCAUGCAUAUGUGUUUGUUUGAGCCCUUCCAUCCUGGUAUACAUGUACUUUUGAUUUAGUUCUUCUCGUGAAUAAAAUGACCAAAUAGCAUUGAGCAAACAAAAAAACUAGUAAGUUGUUCCCAAAUUCAGCCAGACAUCUGCCUUUUACAAACUUGUUUAUUUAAACUAAAACAUGACUGAGAGAGAUUAAAGGUAUAUUGCUUUUAACUGUCGAUUCAUCUGUUUGGUAUUGAUUUUAAAGUCUUCAAUUCAUAGCUUGCUUUUUUGAAUAAAAAAAGUGUAUCACAAUACUAAUAUUCCAAGGAAGAAAGGUCAAAAAGGGCCUUCAUAAAACCAGUUGGGGAGGGAGGAAUUAAGAGUUUUUUGUUUAAUUAUUUUGGGGGGAGGGAGGAAUUGCUUUUGCUAACGUUGUUACCCACCAGAUGUAAAAAUAAAAAGGGACUAUUGAUGGAUAAUGAUCUGUGAAUGGUAAACACUUUAUUAUUCUGCUUGGGCAAGGUAUUGGUUAAAAGGAGCAAACAAGUAUCCUUGGAUAGGUGCUUAGUAAUAAGGUUUGCUUAGCCAAAUACCAUCACAAACAUUAUUUAUUGGGGUUAACCAUUCUUUAAGUUCAAUUAUAUUGGGGUUUUUUAAGCAGCAUUCUUUGCAGUCAGUCAGAAAUCACCAAUUGGGUAACUCAUGCAAUCAGCUUCACAAUCUGCAUAUUCCCAGUAUUGAAAUCGGCAAACAUUGAUUUGACAGACUGUAUCCCACUUCAAUUUUCACCAAGCAUUUAUAGCUGGAAUUGGAGGUGCUAAUAAAAAUCAGCAUUGAUUUUUCACAUAAAAUCACCAUUUACACAAUCUUUUUUUUACAAAACAAGUACAACAAUAACUAACAAUCCUACGAUGAAUUAAUGUAACUCCUACUAUCAAUUACACAUGAGCACUUGCCAAAUUACAUGCGUGCUUCACAUGUCUACACAAAUCUUGAUGUAGAUUUAUUUUAAUUGUAAAUAUCCAUGUUUUGGAAUUGAUAACAAUGUUCACAAAAUUGAAAAAAACUUAUAACCAAGAUUCCACUAAUAUUAGAUGUUGAUCUGAAAUUGAGCCAGUAUCUUUAAGAUUAAAAUGUUAAGAACAUUUGUGUUAAGGUAUAUAAAGCAACAGUAAAAUAAUUUGUCUAUUCAAUAAUACUUGGAUUAUAAUUCUUGCAUUUUUGACUGUAGUAAAUUUUACUAAUCUAGUAGAGGAUUCAUGCAAGCGAUACUCCAAACUAAUGUCCUUUGUUUACUGGUUAAAUGUUUUAUGUUAAAGAAUGUUUAGAUUUGUUUAUUACAUGCAGUCAGUUUAUACAAUUUACAGUAUGCUGCUAAAUUAUUUUUUAAACCAAACUGGUACUGUACAACAAAGGAUGUUGAGGUAAGCCAAAAUAUAUAUACUUGGGAAAGGGUGGAAACCAUCAUGCGAUACAUGUAAACUUUGUUUAAAGAAAAGAAGGCAGGUGGUUGUUUUAUUUUGUCAAAUAGCUUGUUUCACAUUUUUUCAAAUGAAAUUUGAUCAGGCAUUUGCUAUUGUUUAGGUUGUUUUACACCAUCAGCUUGUACAUCAACUGCUUGUAACAUGAUAGCCAUUGAAAAGGAUCUCGAAACAUGCACACCAAAUAAUAACUGUGGUAAAAUGCCAUAAAGGAUGGGCAGUAGUUGGAAGAUUAUAUUGAUUCCUUUGAGAAUCUUUGCCAGCAUAUUAAGAACUUUUGCUAUUUGUAUUAAAUAAUUAGUUUUGUUAAUUGUUGAAAAUGAACCUCAGUUUUUGAGACAGCACAACACCCUUGAAGCAAUGUACUCGUACUUUGAAAAUGAAAGAUCAAACACAAGAGGUUUUUUGCCUUAAACUUUUUUAUAGUCAUUCAUAAAAAGUGUAAAACUUCCAAAGUUCAAAACAUUGUUUAUUCAUAGUAACAGCUGACCUGUUCAUUUUUGCCUAGCAAUUUGUAAUUUCUUACUUGUAUUGGGUUUGCUUGCUCAGUUCAUUCAUGGUACACGUGUACAACACAUUAUUUUACAAAAUUUGAUUUACCAGUUUUGGGUCUCAAAAUUGUCUAUGACAAAAUGGAUCUUUAUAUACUGUAACUUAGGGAUGUAUAAUUUUAUGUAAUGAGAACAAACUUUAUUGCCUCUAACAAUGUUAAAAUAUUCAACGCACAUCAAAUCUGAGAUUUUUCAUGAAAUACAUGUAAAUUUGUGGUUUAUUUUAUGAAAUUUAAAUGAAACCAGAUUACACUCAGAUGUUUUUGAAUCUGACACCACAGUUAAUCUCACUCCUCUAUCAGAUUUGUUACUUAUGUUUUGCUCCAAAGCUACCUUUCCAUUUGUCCAACUGCCGGUUAAAACUGUUUCAUGAAUAGACCAGGCACACUAAUUAUCUCCUGCCUUAAUUCUCCAUUGAUGUUGCUAACACUGCUGCCUCAACUCUUACCUAAUAGUUUUUCAACUGCUGCUUUAACUUUUAUCCCUCUCUCUGGUUGCUAAAUUUUAAUUUUUCCUUUGGUUCACCUUUCCUUUUUGAAUGCCUGGAAUUAUUUAUGCAAUCUCCUUGAAAGCUUCCUUCCGUCUUUUGCGGACUUGUACAUUUGGUUCUUCUGUUUCUUCAAAAGUCACCUGUAAUCACUAAUACAAUAAAUUAUCAACCCUUGUCCAUGACUUGCUGUCUCAAGUAUUUUUUUUUAAAAAAAACAGCUGCAUGGGAACUUUGAUCUGGCAAUUCAAACUCAUGAUGAUUAACUCUAGACCAUGUUUAAGCAGGAGAUAGUGUGAAUGUAAUUAAAACUUGAGAUGUGCAUUGAAAAACUCCUUUGUAAUUUAAGAUGAAUGAAAUGUCUGUAAACUGGUAUAAAUAUCAGCAAUAAAAUAACUGGAAAAAAAAAA